AGUCCUUCGGAUUCGCGCGUCGGCCGAGGUGAUCCCUCACUCUACCAUUUAAACCACGGAUUGUUUUAUGUAAGCAUAUGUAGAUAGCAUGUCGAUGUGCCCCUAGAGAUUUCCCUCGAAAUAAGUGUGCAAGAUUUUUAUUCUUCGAAGGUAUCAACUAAUGAUUAGAAAUGUUAAAUUUGUCGCCGUCGAAUUAUCGUAAAGUCGAGGUUGAUCGGGACGGUAAUGUGAUAAAGGUGUUCUCGAAGAGUCGACCGUGGUGGGACAUUUACGACCCUAACGUUGGAAAGGAAAGGAAGGACGACCCAGAGAGUAUAGGUUAUGAAGUAGACUACAGAGAGCCAGGUGAAGAAUACUUCGGGAAUAUAGAAGACGACCCUGUGACGUCAAUCCAGGUCGAAGCUCUUGAACAAUUGAAGCCAUCAUCACCGAACCCAAGAUACGAGCAAACACCCACAAGUCCUGUCACAUUGGCUAAUGUAAAUUUAAGAGAAGCAGUACUAGUGGCUUUGGGCGGCGCAAGCGCGGCAGUGGUCCUUCUGCUCGUGAUGGCUGGAGUCUUCUGCGCUCGGCGACGCAAGAACAGCCCCUCCCCUGUCCCUUCACCCCCGAUUCUUGUCUACCCACCUCACGACAUCACGGCACCAUGUUAUCUGACUAAGGAAGUUAACUUUUCCCUUCCAACGCUGCGAUCUUCGUCAUUGGGGGAACUCCGUGACGUCAGCGUUUCAAGCCUCAACAGUGAGGUAUUGUGCCCACCGACACCUACGCAAUACCGAUCCAACUCUUUCAUAUUAUUUUAUUCAGCAAAUACGACGGAAAUCGGGGUGCUCGACCCAGCACUUUAUAAAGCGGAUUGCCACGUCGAGGAUUACUUAUGGCCGGAGGGACAUGUGGGUCGAGUAUGGUUUACAUUGAAAUAUGAAUCGGAGACGGAGCGACUACAGAUCCACAUCAUCAAAGUUAAACAUUUGCCUUCUCGUACUCCGGCGCUUGCCAAUGCCUGCGACCCUUAUAUCAGAAUCCAACUGAUGCCAGAUGAAAGAAGAGUUCUGCAAACAAAGCAGAAGAAUAAGACUUGCAAUCCAUUUUUUGAUGAAACUUUCGUUUAUCAGAUUCCACCUGGAAAGCUGGAGAGUCUUACGCUAAAGCUGUCAGUGCUGGACAGCGGUCGUGUGGGCAGGAAUAAACCGCUCAUAGGUCACAUUAUCCUGCCCCUGAGUGAACUGGAAGGUGUCGCACCGGAUGAGGAGCCACAGUUAUAUAAAAUGGAUAUAGAGAAGGACAUCCAAGAGCCAACAUCAGAUCUUGGGGAGGUGCAAGUAUCAUUGUUAUAUAACGAAAACUUACACAGGCUCACGGUUACUGUAAUAGAGGCCCGGGGACUUAAGCUCGACCCAAUGAGUAGACGUGAAAUGGUAGCCCGUGUGACACAAGAAAGGGCCUGCCGUGGUGUUAGGGCGAGGCGAACAGCAGCUGUUGAAGUCUCAGAAGAAGGUUCUGCUCUGAUAUCUGAAUGUUUCCACUUCCGACUACGAUCCGACGAGCUGCACACGACAAGCGUCACCGUUCAAGCGCUACAGCCUCACUCCGUAUAUGCCAAAGACCGCCUACUCGGUAAAUUCGUGCUCGGCUCAUACAUGUUCGCAAGAGGGCGGGCUCUACAACACUGGAACUCAGCUAUCGGAAACCCGAUGGAAUCUGUAAAGCAAUGGCAUCCUUUAACGAACUAAAUUUGAAUACAAGCAGGGUUAUUCUGUAAAAUUGAUAUCGAUCAAUGUUUCACUAGUUGAAAUUGUGUCUUUUAAAGACCAUUCCAAUAUUAUAGCCGAUAACAAUAUGCCAUGAUUUUAAUCACACACGAAAACUUAACAAUGAAAUCUGAUUGAAUCGCUGUCGAAAUUACAGGGUAAGCCUGCUGACUCCGAUCAAAACUUUCAAUGGACCUCUGCAUUUAAAUUGUCUGAGUAAAAUUAUAAUGUAUAAAACGUAUUUAAAUAAUUCAUAGCUCCAGUACUUUUAAUUGAUAUAUUUCUUAACAA